AGUAACGCUUUAAUUAUUGUAUAGGCAGUAGCUUAUAAACUUCUAACCUAUAAAUUGAACGUCUUUGUGAUUUGUGUAUUGAUAGCGGAUUUCUUUGUGUUAAAUUGUAGUUUAACAAAAGUGUAAGAAAUUUUCUUCUUCAAUCUGACAGAAAGGGGAGGAAUGCUAAGAACAUCUAAGGAUUGUCUAGGACUUCGUCUUCGCAUUAACUCGCUUCAUCAGACCUGGAAGUGGUUGCACCAAACUCAAACCUUACACGAGUACCUCAUCUCUCUAACAUCAUCUUCUAAAAACGCCCAAACGCUCACCUUCUGUAGCCAUUAGUGUAUUUUAGAAAUUAGGCACAACAUCUUUAGGACUUUGUCAUUUUAGAGACUCGAAAUUAAUUAAAAUGGCGCUAGUUCACAGUAGCAUCCACAAACUAGGUUCCAUCAUCACCCGCGUAAACGUGAGGUGUUUCUCUACACCUGUUAUCAAGCAACAAGUGAAAAAAGUUGAUGAAAAGAACAUUAAAAAGUCAGUAUUUUUAUCACAAUCAAAAGACAUUUACACCAAUCUCGCCCUUGAAGAUUGGCUGUACAAAAACUUUGAUUUCACCAACCAUCAUGUUUUAAUGUUGUGGAAAAACGACCCCUGUGUUGUAAUUGGCAGACACCAAAAUCCUUGGCUCGAAGCCAACAUCCCUGAGCUCAGCCACAUCACUGACAAUGGGGUAAAAUUGGCCAGAAGAAAUAGCGGAGGUGGUACUGUCUACCACGAUCCCGGCAACCUAAACAUGACAUUUUUCACUGCCAAGGAACAGUAUAACAGAAAAUACAACUUAGAAGUGAUAAGCAGAAGUAUAUUUAGAGAGUACGGACUUAAGGUUGAGAUUAAUCCCAGGGAAGACCUUGUCAUCAGGGAGUUUAAGCAGGUAUCUGGAACCGCCGCAAAAAUAGGCCGUCCCAGUGCAUACCAUCACUGCACCCUAUUGGUCAACGCCAAUAAAGUGGACCUCAGUCAGGCGCUUCACAAGCAAGAUGUAAACAUAAAAACCAACGCCACCCAAUCCGUCAAGUCCAAAAUAAUGAACUUGUGCGAAGAAAAUCCCCAUAUUAACGUUGACAAAUUAGGCACUGCAGUCGGCUGGGAGUUUAUGAGAACAACCGCUAUAACCUUGCAAGAUGGCGGCAUGGAAUUGGCCAACCAGCAAUGGGGAUUCCACAAAGUCAACCCCACUGAACAAUGGUACCCAGGUAUAUCUGAAAUUCGCGAUCAGCUGCAAGGCUGGGAGUGGUGCUACGGCAAAACUCCAAAGUUCACGGUAUCCAGAUCGUUCGCCGUUCCCGAUAGGCUGACAUGCAGCGGUCCGGAGGACUUGAAAAUAACUUUAACGGUGGAAUCUGGCUUGAUAGCGGAUGUUUCUUUGUACGUGCCCCCGGGUUUAUCGAGCAGCGGUUUCGCUGGCGAAGCGAAUGUUAUAACGCACUUGAAAGGUCAGAGGUUCGAAGAAGAAGUGUUCAACAACUUGGAGUUAUCUCUGGGAGGUCUAGUCAAUGAUAGAGAUAAGUUUGUUACGGAAUGCUUGAAACAGGUCGUGACCUCCGUAUGAUCGAAGCAUGGCAGAAAGAAGCGCUGAUGAAGUCUUUCUGUCACUUUCAUUUCUCUAUCAUCUUCAUAUCCAUAUAGUUUAUUUUUGUUUUUAAUUUUUUUAACUUAGGCCUUAAUAUAAGUUGAUGUCAUUGAAUUGGCGACAAGAAUUAAUCAUAUCAUUUUUAUUAUAGUUUUUAGUUCCUGUUAGUUUGUAUUUUUCGUUUGUAAGUUAGUGAUAAUGUUAUGAAAAUGUUGUGCCUUACUAAUAUAAUAUUUUUAGUUGUAGAUAUUUGUAUGCAUAAAAUAAUAGUUAUGUAAAAAGUACA